AUUAUUAUGCGCCUGUCUUUUCAGCCGUUGCAACAUGUGAAGAAAACAUGGGGAGACAGUUAUAUUGACAUUUAACCACUGCUUCUGUAAAUUGAUACAACACUAAAUACGACGUUAUCGAGCGAGAGUGUAACUUUUUACUCCACGUUUCGACUCUGUUGGUAGCUGAAAGCGAGGUAGCCUAAAGUCGGGUUAGCUAGCUUUUGCUCGCACCGUUACUGUUGGGUUGUUUUAGUACUAGCUUGUAGCCGGCUAACAGCAUGGAUAACACGGAGGAAAACGCGAUUGAGAUCCACGGGGAUGAGGAAAUUAUUGAAGUCAUCGACCUAAACGAGACGGAGCCUGGUCCUGAUGACUUGGCUGAUGACCUGGAGGACGUUGACUUUGAAGAUCCUGGAAACGCAGAUGAUGAAGGCUGGGAGACGGAGGACGAGAUGGAGGCGGAGGCAGAGCAGGAUGACAGCGAGCUCACUUUCUCCAAACACACUGGCUCUGUGUUUUGCGUGAGUUUGGAUCCUGCGACGAACAGCUUGGCUGUAACAGGAGGAGAAGAUGAUAAGGCCUACGUGUGGAGGGUCAGUGACGGGGAGGUUGUGCUGGAGUGCACAGGUCACAAAGACUCGGUGACAUGUGCCAUGUUCAGCCAUGACUCCUCGCUGGUCGCCACGGGCGACAUGAGCGGCAUGAUUAAAGUUUGGAGGGUGGAAACCAAAGAGGAGAUCUGGUCCUUCGAAGUGGGCGAUCUGGAGUGGUUGGAGUGGCAUCCCUGCGCUCCAGUGCUGCUGGCGGGAACAGACGACGGCAAUGUGUGGAUGUGGAAGAUCCCUGCAGGAGACUGUAAAACCUUCCAGAGUCCUGGGUGCCAGGCCACCAGCGGCAAAGUCCUGCCCGACGGUAAACGGGCUGUGGUGGGUUACGAGGACGGGACAGUGCGAGUGUGGGACUUGAAGCAGGGCAAUGCCAUCCAUGUCGUCAAAGGUCAGGACGGACACCAGGGAGCGCUGACCUGCCUGGCGUGCAACAAGGACGGCUCUCUGGUGCUGUCGGGGUCAGUGGACGGCUGCGCCAAGCUCAUCAACACCACCACGGGCAAGGUGGUUGGAGCGUUCUCUGUGGAGGGAGGCAAAGCUAAAGGAUCGAGAGACGACGAAGACUCCAACUCCGUGGAAUCUGUGGGUUUCUGCAACAUCCUGCCUCUCAUAGCCGUGGCGUACCUCGAUGGGACUCUGGCCAUAUACGACGUCUCCUCACAGGUCCUGAGGCACAGGUGCCAACAUGAGGCCGGUAUUGUUCACCUGCAGUGGGAGGAGUCUUCUUCUGUGGUGUCCACCUGCAGUUUAGACGGAGCGCUGCGCUUAUGGGACGCUCGCUCUGGUAACAUGGUGUCUGAGUACCGCGGCCACACAGCAGAGAUCCUGGACUUUACCAUCAACAGGGAAGCGUCUCUCGCAGUCACCGCCUCAGGAGACAACCAGGGGAAAGUCUUCUGCCUCCAAAGACCCGACCGGUAAAAGCCAGAAGAGACGAGAAGAAGAGGAGAAGAAAUAUUUUAGGAGAAAUUACAAAGACAUUGGAUUGAUCAGACUUUUUGUUCUCUGACAGUGGAGAGCAUGUUUCCCUUCUCCUCAGGAUUUAAAAAAAAUCUUGUGUGGUCUUACCAUCUUCUCUGACCUGCUUUAGUAGGAUUGUAGCAUCCAAAAGAUUAUUUUCUGUUUCAUCAGUGCUUCAGUGGUGCUUAACUGGCAGCACAACUAAAGCAACUGAGAAAAAAAGGAGUUUAUGGUCUGGUUUGAAUGACAGAGAGCAGAUCAUAUUGUCUACACAGGAGUUUCAAGUGUGAUUACUCCCUACUUUAUUCUAAGUACACUGUUCCUUUAAGAGACUAAACAAAGCUCUCAAUGAGUGAUACAUUAUAGUGUCCUGCCUUUGAUAAACCACUUAAUGUUCAUGUCAUCUAAAAUGUUUUAAAGAUAAAAAUUCCUUUGGUCUUGCUGGUUAUUUUUUCCAUAAUUGGAUUUUUUUGUUUGUUAAAUGUCUUGACUACAUUUCUCAAAGUUUUUCUCAUUGAGGGUGUGUGUGGUCUUCCAGCUCUCAGAUCGUUCAGUUCAGGAGUUAUCUCACCAAAUUUUGAUGUAAACUUAAGUGUAAAUACAAAAUAAUACAUAAUAUACCUCCUUCUGGGUAACUAUUAAAAUUCAUUUUCAACCAA